GGGAUGUUGUAUUACGCUAAUCCCUGAUCGCAACUACCCCACAACAGCUUGAAGCUUCAAAAUAAUUUACACUUCGUAGGUGUGUAUAUACCUUCAUUUCUCAACUUCUGCAUUUCAAUUUCUUCCCAACAACAACACAAACUUCACACUAGGCUUUUGUUAUUUUCUUCUAUUGAUAGCUAAACCAUCUCAAAUCAACAAUGCUGCCUUCAAUUAGAGCAGUAUCUCUGCUCAGUCUCCCUUCAUCUUUGCGACCAUUCCUCCUGUCACGGCUUUACACAACACACACUGGCUUAGGUACCACAAGUUCCUCAUCACAACCAAAAAGAAAGGCCGUCACUACCUUCAACGAUGAUGGCAGAGUUCCUUGGCGCGACUUAUCGCGGCGUGAAAAGGUUGCCAGAACAACGCAACAAACGUUUAACCUUGGUACUGUCCUCAUCGGCACAGUAUUGACGGGAGGCGUCAUCUAUCUUCUCUACACAGAAGUAUUUGCGCCCGAGAGUAAAACCAACCAAUUCAUCAGGGCCGCCGAUCAAGUUAAGAAGGACCCGCGAUGUAUAGAAAUACUGGGUGAUGGAAAGAAGAUAAGAGCAUAUGGCGAGCCAACAGCGAGCAAAUGGGCAAGGGCUGGUCCUAUUGCAUCCAACAUUUCGAAGGAUCGUAGAGGGGUGGAACAUCUGGUUAUGCAUUUCAACGUCGAGGGUCCGCUCAAUCAAGGUGUGGUGAACCUACACAUGGUCAAGCGACCGUCUGAGAGUGAAUUCGCAUACAAGUACUUAUUCUUGGACGUGAAAGGGCAUCAAAGAAUAUACCUUCAGAACGCAAAUUCAACAAAUAAUGGGCCGGGGAAAAGUAAAUUCUUGGGGGUCACUUGGCGAUGAUGUAAACAUCCGGUUCAAAUUGGGACAUUGAGAACAUUGUUGGGCCGGGAUGAGGUGGUGUUUAACAUUUACCAUUUAAACAACUGGGAAAAAAAUGGGUGGAUUAUAAAGGGUUACUUAGCAAUGAUUUGAAUAUCCUUUUCAAACAGGGACAUUCAAACGUUCUUGGGCUGGAAUGAGGUGCACUGGUUAAUACCAAUUCUAAAUUCCUUCAAAUUUACAUGUUAAUCAUCAUCUAGAGCUUCAAGCUUGUAACGUGGUUUAUCAGCAUGUGCACCAUAUCAGCAUGUGCACCACUUUUACCUCAAUUACCC